AUGUCCAAUACAUUUGUUGAGCGUUUUUGUCACAAAAUUUUUCAAAAAAAUCCAAAGAAAAGCAAAGAUGAAAUCAUUAAAAAAUUAACACAUCUUUAUUUGAACGGUCGUAAGCUUGAAGAAAUUGGUGAAUUGACGUGCGAACAGCUGAAGGUGCUCUAUUUGCACAAUAAUUCGAUUCAAAAAAUUGCAAAUCUUGAUCAAUUGCAUCAUCUAACACAUUUGUAUUUACAAUGGAAUCGCAUACGGAAAAUCGAAAAUAUAAAUCAUCUGCAAAAUCUACGAAAAUUGUAUUUGAGCUACAAUGAAAUUGAAUGUCUCGACGGUGUGGAUAAUUUAAAUCUUCUGGAAGAAUUACAUUUGGAAUAUCAGAAUUUACAAUCACAGCAUGAAUUUACAUUCGGUGUGAAUAGUUUGAUUGGGAUUUCGGCAUCGCUUCGUAUACUGAAUAUAAGCGGAUUGAGACUGAACGAACUGAAACUUUUGAAAACACUUCCACACUUGGAGGAGCUUUCGGCAGCCGAUAAUAAUUUUGAUAAUGGCGACUAUAUUGCCCGUUCGAUAGAACAUUUGGGAUAUUUAACAAAAGCCAUUUUUACCAAUUGUCCAGCUCAAAUGAACGAUAUUUAUUAUAGAAACAAAGUCAUCUUGGCAUCGAAAAGUCUGGAAAUUCUUGAUAGUAGAAUGGUAAACGAUGUAACACGAAGUUUUUUAAAGAGUUUUGACAAAGUAAAAACCGAACAUAAGCAGAAAUUAGCCAAUACCAAUAAUAACGCAAAAAUCGUUGAUAUCGAUUUACGCGAAGAUUUACCAUCAAUUCAUUCCGAAGGAAGAACAUUCGAUGUAACCAACAUCAUAUCUCAAGCCAUUGUCGAAAACAUGCAGAACGAACCGUGGGCGCUCAUUCAAGAUUGAGUAAAAGUGAUUUUUUGACAUUUUGACAAAAGCAUUUUUUAUGUAACGAUUAUUUAAUAACGAGUGUUUAAUAACACGCUGGACCAUUG